UAUCGAUCGAGAUCAGGGAUGGUAUCGAUAUUAUCGAUAUUUGGAUCGAUCCGCCCACCAGUAGUCAGUAGUACCUUCUCGUCUCUCAGGCCCUGCUGCUGUUGACUACAGGGGGAAAGAAAAUCACCUCUGGAUUAACGUUCAAACAUUUACGAUAAUGCCCACAAUAAAACUACAAAGCUCGGAUGGGGAGAUCUUCGAGGUGGAUGUGGAGAUCGCCAAACAGUCUGUCACCAUCAAGACCAUGUUAGAAGAUUUGGGGAUGGAUGAUGAAGGAGAUGAUGACCCGGUUCCUCUCCCUAAUGUGAAUGCUGCCAUUCUGAAGAAGGUGAUUCAGUGGUGCACUCAUCACAAAGAUGACCCCCCUCCUCCCGAGGACGACGAGAACAAGGAGAAGAGGACAGAUGACAUUCCUGUGUGGGACCAGGAGUUCCUCAAAGUGGACCAAGGCACCUUGUUUGAACUUAUUCUGGCCGCCAACUACCUGGACAUCAAAGGCCUAUUAGACGUCACCUGCAAGACGGUGGCCAACAUGAUCAAAGGCAAAACCCCCGAGGAGAUCAGGAAGACCUUCAACAUCAAAAAUGACUUCACAGAGGAGGAGGAAGCCCAGGUACGCAAAGAGAACCAGUGGUGUGAAGAGAAGUAACCUGGGAAGGUCCUGCCAACACUACCACACUGAAUAGGAUUGUCCCCGCUAACAGGCUGCACUGGCAUUGUUCAUACUUGUUAAUAUUUACAUUUAGUAUAUUUAGAGCCACACCACCCCCCCACCCCACCCCUGCCCCUCCAUUGCCCCUUAAUUUCUGUACUCCAAUAAUAGCAUGACUUGCCUGUAUGCUGUCAUUUAUUUAAAGCUAAAGAUCUCUUUUCUGUUUCCACCCCAUGUUGCCCAUAAAUAAAUGGUCCUGGUUUCAAGGCUUCCAUCACGCUCCUUUUCAGACGUCCCCGGUUAUUAAUCGCUCUGGUUGUCUUUUUUACUGGACAUGUUCUUUUAGGUUGAAUUAAAAUGUUUUUUUUGACAAUUGAAUUGCAAGGGUGAAUAUUUUAUUUUUUUGCCUUGUAAAUGCAUCUGUUUUUGUGAAAUCAUGUUCAAAGAGACGGUGUUUAAAAAGGAAAAGUUUGAGGUGAAAAAGAUGUCGUUUUGUUUUGCAUAAUGUCCCUUGGACUCGAAGUACUUGUGUGUUUUCGCACAGUGUAGGGUAACUCAUUCCUAAUUCAUGUUGUAUUGAAUUGGAAACUUUUCCAGAUGAGCUUGGAUGCUGGUUUUUGGGAUGAUGAAUCGUGCUGAAGGAGUAAAUAAAACAUAUUAAAUGGAA